AUGUCUUACCAGUAUCAAUGCAAACAGCCUUGCCAACCUCCUCCCAAGUGCCCACAGCCUUGCCAGCCCAAGUGCCCACCGCCUUGCCAGCCCAAGUGCCCAGAGCCUUGCCAGCCCAAGUGCCCAGAGCCAUGUGCUCCCAAGUGCCCAGAGCCUUGCCAGCCCAAGUGCCCAGAGCCUUGCCAGCCCAAGUGCCCAGAGCCAUGUGCUCCCAAGUGCCCAGAGCCUUGCCAGCCCAAGUGCCCACCGCCUUGCCAGCCUAAGUGCCCAGAGCCAUGUGCUCCCAAGUGCCCUGAGCCUUGUCCUCCUAAAUGCCCAGAGCCAUGUCUUCCUAAGUGCCCUCAGCCAGGUCCACCACAGCAGUGCCAGCAGAAAUGCCCCGCAUGCCCUCCACCUUGUCCACAGCAGUGCCCACCUAAGAGGAAGUAA